CGUACCCUUGAAUUCAAUCUCCUCCACCCUUGAAUUCAAACCCCUCCAGCAGCAGGUACCAAUCCAAUAAUUAAGAACAAAAAUACUACUAGCUAGCUAGUCCGAUCCGAUCCGGAGUAAAAUGGAGAGCGAGAGUGAUAAUAACAAUUACAGUGUCAGACUCUCUAUCAUCUACAACCUGGAUGGGAUACGGACGCAUGUAAAGUGCAAGAGGGACAUAAUGUUGAAGGAAGUGUUGUUAGCAUUCUGUGAGAGAAAACAGAUUGACUAUAAAGACAUCUCUUUUUUCUAUGACGGCAAGCGCCUCCCUGUCCGCAAGACCCCUCUCCAGCUUGGCAUGAAAGAUGACGACACCAUCGAGGCAUUCCGUCCCGUUCACGGCGGCGGUGGCGGCCGGCGGCAGUGAUCGGCGCAAAGCCAAAUGGAGAAUUUAAGUACUUUGUACGCAUGGCAUGGCGGGAUUGGCGGCGGCGCUCCCAACUAGCUAGCUUGUAGCUAUUCGUACUGAUUAAUUAUUGAUUCCUCGUUAUUCAUCUUAAUUACCUUCUCCUAAUUAAUUAAUAAUUUAACUUAUUAGCUUGUUAAUAAUGGUUCCAAUUAACUAUAUAUGGAUUGAAUAAUUAGCCUCUUAAUUA